GAAAACUUGAAACAAACAAAGAAUACCAUCCCUGAACCCCAGCCAUUGUGUCCUUGAACUACAACAACAAAUUUAAAUUUGACAUCAUUGACAGUUGUUAAUAAAGCCGUUUAUCAGUAACCGCCACUUCAAGAAUCAAGAACUUUUAUGUAUUCGAAGUCUAGUCUAAAUAAAAUAUAAAAUGGGUACAACUCCUGCAGAAAUAUUUGCGAAAAUCCAACGGGACAAUGAAGAGCGCAUGAAGGGCAUUAUGAACCAGGCCCAAACCACUUUCUAUGAGAUAGACAAGGGUAUUGAAGAGUUUUCUAAAUAUGUUAAUAGAUUAAUAGCGAACGGUGGUAUAGAUGAUGAAGAUCAUAAAGUAGGGGAUAACUUAGGGAAGGAUAAAGGAAAUACCCGAUCAACAAGAGGUGUUAAAGUUAAAAAAGAAAAACUGUCAGAAGGAUAUGUGUCUAAUACACAAAGUUCUACCGAGUCUGUUACAAGUACUACAUCUAGCCUGAUAGCAAAUAUCAAAACUGAAAAGGAAGAUAUGCCUGCACCUUCAUUUAUCCCUCCCAAAAAAAAGGCUAAAGAUCUAAAAUUAGAGAGACCAUCGAGGACCACAAGAACCAAAGGCAAGAAAGCUACAAAUUCGGAAGAAAACUCGAGAGAUUCUGAUGUUGUCAUACAAAAUUCUACAUCCACUAUAAUAAGUUUGUCAGAUUCAGAAGAAUCGGAUAGCACAAAUUCUGUGAAAGGGAUUAAAGGAAGAAGUACUAGAACUAAGACCAGAAAAGCUAAUAAAGUACUGGAGGAGAGUGAAAAGGAGUCUGAGAUGGAUAGUACUUCUAGUACAAAGGCAGACGAGACUAGUUUAAGAAGUACUUUAAAUAAAACAACCAAAAAAGGUAAAACAACUGAGGAAAAUGAAGAUGUUUGUUUACCGCCAAGAACCACAAGAACCAAAACAAUCAGGAAGGCUCAGAAAGAGGAAAAUAAUGUGGAGAACGAUGAUAAUGGCUCAAAAGGUGGCAAAACCGUAGAGGAAAAGGAUGAUAUUUUGGUACCACCAAGAACUACAAGAACCAAAACAAUUAGAAAAGCUCCGAAAGAAGAGAUUCCUACUGAAGUUAAAAAGGAUAAUGAAGAAGAAACUCAGGUACCAACCAGAAGUACCAGAACUAAAACGAUUAGAAAGGCACCAAAAGAAGACAAUGAUGGCCUAAAAGAAAAUAAUAAAGAAAAUCUAGAGAAAGAGGUUCCAGCAGAUAAUAAGAUUGUCCCGGAAGUUACAAGAUCUACCCGUACUAAGACAAGGAAAAUAAUAGGCGAACAAAAUGAAGUUGUUAAUAACGUCGUUGAAGCGAAAAAUAACGGAAAAUUAAAGAGAUGUAGAUCCGAAUCUACGGAUAGGGAUGAGGUGGAGAAAGAAAGUAAGAAAAAAUCGAUAUCGAAAUCGCCGAAAAAGGAAGAUUGCGAUAGUACCGUCCGCACGGAAUACGAAGAUGCCCGCUCUACUAUGGUUUUAGAACCACCACAGGUAAAAGUUUUGGACGCUACAUACGUGGCGAGUGAAAACAAAGUUCCAGCUUUAAAUACGACAGUUACAGUAUGUUCAAAUAAUAAUAAGAACGAUGCCAAUCGUACGGUGACGGUGGAAAAACACAAAUUCGAUAUUUUUAACACUGAAGCAUCGUAUCAUGUCAGCGACCUUUUGACAGACGAUGAUUCCAUUGAGGCCAAAACGCCUCCUAAAACCAAACAUGGUAAGUCUGCGAAGGAAGUGUUCAGUCCGUAUGAAAAAACCACCUUAAAAAAGAAAGUAGAAGCCUUUGAAAAAUUGCAGCGUCCCAAAGAAAUGGCGUCCAAGUUGAUUCCUAACCUCAAAUCAACCACGCCAUCUGUAAAGGAAAAAGCAAAACUCUUUACUCCUAUUGGUUCGAAAUUUUUACCCAGCAGUAGUAGUACUUCAAAAGUGCCAAGGAUGAUCAGUCAUAGUUCCAUCAACACAGAUUCCUUCCAAGCCAUGAAGAGCGCUCAAAAAGAGUCCAGAGAGAAACGUAUGCAGGAAAAAGAACAAGCCUUGAUGAAGAAAGAGGCAAUGCUGCAUGCGCAGGCCGAGGCAAAGAAGAAACUGAAUGAAGAGAAACAGCUCAAAGCGCAACAGCAAAGAAAGGCUAUUGAAGCAGAAAAAUUGAAGCAAAUCGAGUUGCAUAAACAAAAAGAAGAAAGGCUGAGACAGAGGGAACAAGAGAAAGCCGAGUACCUGCAAAAGAAGAAAAUCGAGGCCGAGAAGCAGCGAUUAGCUCAGAAAAAGAAGAUCCAGGAACUGCACGCUCAGAGGGAGGAAUUCUUAGCCGAACAAAGCAGAAAUCCUCCCAUUUACAUGACCACGAAACCGCCCAUGUUGCCUACAGCAGACUGUUACGAUUCGGACGAUGCAAACUAUAAGAAAGUCAAACCGCCAAGUUGGUGCUCAGAUCAGUAUGCUAGGACUAUGCAGUUGGCGAUGCUUGCGGCAGGCGACAAAAUCAAGAACACCCUAUUUUGCAGACAUCCCCAGACUCCGGAUCUUAAAGAAAUUUUCCAGUCAAUCGAUCCCGUCAAAUUGAAGAGGACUUCCAGUAUUUUAUGGAGGAAACCCCCGAGAUAUACAAUGAUGCCAGAUCUAAACGAAACCACUUUCCAAGAAGACGAUGAGAUUUUUGAUAGUGAUUGAUUUUAACAUUUUGAGACUGUCAGUUGUUUUACUAACAUAACCUGGAUUUAGCGGCACAAAUGCCGUACGAUCGCGAUAAAAAAACGGUGUUAAGUGGGCCGGGAAAUGAAGUAAUUUCGAAGCCGAUUCGACGCCGUUUUUUUUUCUCUCGGUCCUAAAACCUACAGUGGCAAUUGAUUAUUAAUAGCCCAGUUAGAUACGUAUUUAUUUGAUGUCACGUGGUCUGUUUUUUUAUUUAAUUUUUGUGAUUUUCACAUUUUGUUUGUUUUACAUGACGUUUAAUUUAGUAUUAACAUAUCCCAUAUUAUUAUUAUUAGUUUUUUUUAAGAAACAAAGAGGGAUAAUAAAAGAAACAAUAAUCGGCCUUAGAUAUAUAUGUUUUUUCUUAAAUUAUACAAAUAUAGAGAUGUACAAAAUAAAAAUAAAGGCUUAAUGUUAAUUAGGAUAAUAUAAAAAAGGCAUUACAAUAUUUUUUUUACAAGUAAGUACAUAUACUUUUUUUUCUUUUA